GGAAAUCAUAAAAUGUUCACCGUUUCCUGCUCUUGAAUCCUGAGUAUUGCACAACUUCAGAUGAAAUGUUUUUAAAAGCUUUACCUAUAGUUAACACUUGCAUAACAGUAUGAAGCAAUGGUGAUGAUGAACGGGUAUAGUAUGUGUGGUAACAAUCAAUUCACAAGUAACAAUCGUCUCAAUUGGAUAUUACUGGGUUUGGAUUGGCAUCCUCAAGAUAAUUGGCCGCCUGAAUUUUCUCCCUGGGAAACUUUUUCUUGGAGAAAACGUUCAAAGCGACAAGGUGAUACAACGGCAAGGAAAGCAUCUAAAGUUAAAACGCACACUACAAAUGCUAAAAAACUCCGCCGUGGAUCAUUCAAGUUCCAUUCUGAAAUCGCAGAAUAUAUUCGAGAAUAUCGAGCUAUGAGAAUUCAAUUUAUAUCGGAAUACAGAAGUUGUGCAUGCCAUGAACCCUACACAUUAAAAGAUGUUGAGGCUGCUUAUGAAACAUUGCAAAGGUUCCCUGGACAACGUAUUACUUUAACGAGGAAAAAGAAAAUCCCGGAAAAGAAUGAAAACGGAGUAAAUUCAACAGUUCACAGAAAUGAACAAUGUCAAGAGCAGCAAACAAAAAAGUCAAAUGAAGAAAUUUUUUUAUUUGAUAUGAGCAAACGCGAUUCUGCCGGUAUUUCAACCAAGGUAGACUGCUUUGUUGAUCAAUACAUUGGACGACAUUUUUUGGGAUUGAAAACUCAGUCUCAAACUGACGUUGCCAAGCAAGAACACUGUCCUGUUGUGGAAAUAAUUAUUCCAGAGGAUCACGUGGUUACUCGAAUUUCGUCUGUGACACCGUCAUCGCAGUCCUCAAUCAAACUGCCACACUGUAAUAGCGAGUCCUCUACACCGCUUGUACGACGUAGUUCGGCCUUUUCUCACGGGACAUCUAGUUCGAUAGGUAGUGGUUAUUCAAGAAUAUCAACAUCGUCGAAUGUCACAAAUCCAAGUACAAUGGGUGUGUGCGACAUUUGCCCAUUUCCGCGAAGUGUUUGCACGCCUAAAGCGCCACUUCUAUCCAAUGAUAAAAACAACAUUAUCAAGCAAGUCAGCAAGUGGAAAGAAUCAGAAAAGCCCGAUUUAAAUGAAAAACAAGCAAUUCCCUGGAAAACUUUAAAAUACCUGGGGUAUAACCCAUCUAUGAGAAGGUACUUGCAUGAAAUAUACACUCCAGUCGGAAGAAAUCGUCUCAGAACACCUUUGUCUUUGUCAAGUAAAAAGUGUUUUCCCACUGCUAAUGAAGCAAUAAUAGAAAACAAUGAAGAUCAAGAUAAGCAAAAUACAAUUUUAUCAUCUGCAAUGGCAAAGACUACGAUUUUCAAAAAAGACAGCAAUUCUUUCCCGCAUUUUCAAUCGGGCAGAAGAACUUUUCUAAUUGAUAAACCUGUGAACCAAUAUACGGGUGAACGGAAGCCAAAGCUCGCUAUUAUUUCCGCAUGUCAGACGGUUGUAAAACCGAAGGUAACCGCGAAGAGAUUGGUUGCAAACUAG